AUUAACUUAAGAACGAAUCGAGUGCGGAACUACAACAAAAAAGAAAAGAUUGAUCCUAGAAAAUUGUUUAUAUUUGGACUUGUCCAAUUGAUAGUUAAGCGUUAAAGAUGGGCACCAAGCGUCGCAACAUCGAGGAUGAGCUUUCCCGCUUUGAGGCGGAAAUAUCCAAGCCGCCCGCACGCAAUCUGUUUGUACCCAACCAAGUACGACCGAUUAUUGCAGCGAAUACGUACACAAACGUGCAGCAAAAACUGCAACAACAUCAACCCAGGCUAACGGUGCCUCCACCACCAAUACCUCCUCCGCCGACAUUCAUGUCAACAUUUGUGCCUACAGGCAAUAAUCAAACUAUUGGCCAACCCAAGCCAAUGUCAUCGACGCCAGUUGUACUGAGCAGCGCUCCUAAGCUGUAUCAAUGUCGGCAAUCUGUGCACGUACCGACUGUAGCAACUGCGCCCACGAUUGACAUAAACAUAAAUUCAAUUCAAUUCGAUGUAACACAAAAAUUAAAAAAGUUAAAGGCGGAAAAAUCUGGACCCAAUCCGAUAGCCGAAGAAGCUAUAAAAGCAGCACGCGCCUCAUCGGCGCUACAGUCUUUUCAGACCACAGAGCGGAAAAAGAAGGACCGCAAGACUGUUCGCAUUGCUGGUGGUACAGUUUGGGAGGACUCAUCACUGGCGGACUGGCCCGACGAUGAUUUUCGCAUAUUCUGUGGCGACUUGGGCAAUGAUGUCAACGAUGAGGUUCUAACCCGCACUUUUAACAAGUAUCCAUCUUUCCAAAGGGCGCGCGUAGUGCGUGACAAGCGUACGGGCAAAAGUAAGGGCUUUGGCUUUGUUAGCUUUCGCGAGCCAGCGGAUUUCAUACGCGCCAUGAAAGAAAUGGAUGGUCGCUAUGUUGGUAGUCGACCAAUUAAGCUGCGUAAGAGCACAUGGCGCCAGCGCAGUCUGGAUGUGGUCAAAAAAAAGGAGCGGGAAAAGCAAGUCCUCCUGCAAGCGUUCAAUUCAAGUUAAAGCAACAGCCGAG